AUGAACUUCCAUGUGUUUGAAAAAGCGUCCCUUUCUCUUGCACCUGUCAACAUCUUCAAGGCUGGCGCUGAUGAAGAGAGAGCAGAGACAGCUCGUCUGUCUUCCUUUAUUGGUGCCAUUGCUAUUGGAGACUUGGUAAAGAGCACCUUGGGACCCAAAGGCAUGGAUAAAAUUCUUUUAAGCAGUGGACGAGAUGCCUCUCUUAUGGUGACCAAUGAUGGCGCAACUAUUCUAAAAAACAUUGGUGUUGAUAAUCCAGCAGCUAAAGUUUUAGUUGAUAUGUCACGGGUUCAGGAUGAUGAAGUUGGUGAUGGCACUACCUCUGUUACUGUUUUAGCAGCAGAAUUACUAAGGGAAGCAGAAUCUUUAAUUGCAAAAAAGAUUCAUCCUCAGACCAUCAUUGCCGGUUGGAGAGAAGCAACAAAGGCGGCAAGACAGGCUUUGUUGGAUUCUGCAGUUGAUCAUGGUUCUGAUGAAGAUAAAUUCCGCCAAGAUUUAAUGAACAUUGCAGGAACAACAUUAUCCUCAAAACUUCUUACUCAUCACAAAGAUCACUUUACUAAGUUAGCUGUAGAAGCUGUUCUCAGAUUGAAAGACUCUGGUAAUCUGGAGGCAAUUCAUGUCAUCAAGAAGCUAGGAGGAAGUCUGGUGGAUUCCUAUUUAGAUGAAGGCUUUCUGUUGGAUAAAAAAAUUGGAGUAAAUCAACCAAAGCGAAUUGAAAAUGCUAAAAUUCUUAUUGCAAAUACUGGUAUGGAUACAGACAAAAUAAAGAUAUUUGGUUCCCGUGUAAGAGUUGAUUCUACAGCAAAGGUUGCUGAAAUAGAACAAGCAGAAAAGGAAAAAAUGAAGGAGAAAGUUGAACGUAUUCUUAAGCAUGGGAUAAAUUGCUUUAUUAACAGGCAAUUAAUUUAUAAUUAUCCUGAACAGCUCUUUGGUGCUGCUGGUGUUAUGGCUAUUGAACAUGCAGAUUUUGCAGGUGUAGAACGCCUGGCUCUUGUCACAGGUGGUGAAAUUGCCUCUACCUUUGACCACCCAGAACUUGUGAAGCUUGGAAGUUGCAAGCUUAUUGAGGAAGUCAUGAUUGGAGAAGACACGCUCAUUCACUUUUCUGGGGUAGCCCUUGGUGAGGCUUGCACUAUUGUUCUUCGUGGUGCCACUCAACAAAUUUUAGAUGAAGCGGAAAGAUCUUUGCAUGAUGCUCUUUGUGUUCUUGCACAAACUGUGAAGGAUUCUAGAACAGUUUAUGGAGGAGGCUGUUCAGAGAUGCUGAUGGCUCAUGCUGUGUCACAGCUUGCCAAUAAAACACCAGGUAAAGAAGCUGUUGCAAUGGAGUCUUAUGCUAAAGCACUGAGAAUGUUGCCUACUAUUAUAGCUGACAACGCAGGCUAUGACAGUGCAGAUCUGGUGGCACAGCUCCGAGCUGCCCAUAGUGAAGGCAAUACAACUGCUGGACUGGAUAUGAAGGAAGGUACUAUUGGCAAUAUGGCAGUACUGGGCAUAACAGAAAGUUUCCAAGUGAAACGGCAAGUUCAUUUUAUCAUUUCUAAACGAUAA